CCAAUAUAUUGUAGCAUGGUGGUAACAACAACACGCAGUCCACUGCUGACGCAGCCAAAGAGUGCAACAAGUGGCAGCAACACGGCGGCAAUGCGCUCACGUUUAAUAUUUCCACGCCAGCAUUAUCAGAUGACAGACUUCUCGGAUAGUUCACAGGGCGCUGUGCUAAGUCCAGCCAGCUCGUUGAUUGAAAGUUUUAACAAGAAGAGCAAUGGUUCUUCCAGUGCCUUGGCCAGCUCUGCAUCGGCCACGCCAACUUUGAAUGGCAAUGGCAACAGUUUGGCGGGUCCGUUAAGUGCGGGCAGCACCACUGUGGCCGGCUUAGGCGGCAGACAGAUUAAUACCAGCUCUAGUUCAUGCAGUAGUCUUAAGGAAACCUCACAUCAAUCCACGUCCACAUCCCAGCAGGUUGUCAACAGCAGCAGUGGCAGCAGCAGCACAACGACGCGUGUGGAAAAGAAAUCACAGCGUCUGCACCACAUCACAUCCUCCUCAUCCACAUCCACAACGCAAGCAAGCGAAAUGAAAGCGGCCGCUGUUAAGCGCGAUCUCACUGAUAUUAAAAUGUCCAUGUCGGAAAUUGAGCGUCUCACUGGCGCGAGCACAGCGCCCACAACGCGACAAUAUCCCUCCAUUGAUGACCUCAAAACAAUGCACCAUGGUGACCACAGCACCAUAACGCAGCUAAAAAACAAAAUACGCGCUUCGUUUGAGAAUCUGGUGGAUGGUGAUACGGACAGCAGUUGUCAUGGCAUUGUCACCACGCCGGAUGGCGACGACGACUGCACACACAAUCACUUUGGCAGCGGCCUGGAGCUAACACAUCCUGCUGCAGCGCAGCUGAGCGCCAGCGCUGGACUCAGCGGCUCGAAUAAAACCAUCGACACCAUCAAGUUUGAGGAGAAACGCUCCAAGUCUGUGGCCACCACCAAAGUGGUGGCCGAUGGCUUCAGCUCCGAGCAGGCCACGCACAAUUCGGCAGAGAUGAAGCGUCUCCAAGCGGGUGAUAUUGAUUACAAAGAGGCUAAGGCUGCGUCAGCGGUGCGCAAUCGCCUGGAGGUGGAUGGCGUCAAGACCGAGGAGAAUGCCGCAGUGCUGCAGGAGGCGCUCUCGCUGCGAACCGGCGACAGAACACAGCAGGCGAGCAAUAAGGUGGCCGCCGCCAGUAUUAAGGUGCAGAGCGAUAACUUCUCGGCGGACAAGCAGGCGAUAUCGCAGUCACAGCAAUCACAGACGGUGACCUCCAAUGGAAUCAUCAGCCAGGAGAAGCACGUGUCGUCGGCAUCGCAGGCGAAAUACUCGAUGACACACAAUGGCGUCUCCAGCACGGGCAGCAGCAUGAUCUCCUCGUCCUCGCAGAUGUCCGCCUCGGCCAGCGGCAAUGGCCAGCAGCUGAUCAAGCUGAAGGAGCUCAAGCUGGACGAUCUCAAGUCCCUGACAGCGGGCAGUGGGCAGCAGGAGAUCGAGCAGGCCAUCAACAAGUAUUCGAACGUGCUGACCUCGUUUGUGAGCACGCUCCAGGACGACGACAGCAGCAGUCUGGUGGCCAGCGGCGGCGAAAAGAAGUCGCACUAUCUGCAGAAGAUCAACGAGGUCAUCCGGCGUGCCUGGGCAGUGCCCACGCAUGGCCACGAGCUGGGCUACUCGCUGUGCAAUUCGUUGCGUCAGAGCGGUGGCCUCGAUCUCCUCAUGAAGAACUGCGUGCAACACAACAUGGAUCUGCAGUUCAGCUCGGCCCAGCUGCUGGAGCAGUGCCUGACCACAGAGAAUCGCUCGCAUGUGGUGGACAAUGGGCUGGACAAGGUGGUCAACGUGGCCUGCGUCUGCACCAAGGAGUCCAAUAUGGAGCACUCGCGAGUGGGCACCGGCAUACUGGAGCAUCUCUUCAAGCAUUCCGAGGGCACCUGCUCCGAUGUGAUACGGCUGGGUGGCCUCGACGCUUUGCUCUUCAAGUGCCGCACCAGCGACGUGGAGACGCUGCGUCAUUGCGCCAGCGCGCUGGUGAAUCUAUCGCUCUACGGCGGUGCCGAGAAUCAGGAGGAGAUGAUUGUGCGCAAGGUGCCCAUGUGGCUGUUCCCGCUGGCCUUUCACAACGACGACAACAUCAAGUACUAUGCCUGCCUGGCCAUAGCCGUGCUCGUGGCCAACAAGGAGAUCGAAGCCGAGGUGCUGAAGUCGGGCUGCCUGGAUCUGGUUGAGCCGUUUGUGACCACGCACGAUCCCUACGAGUUUGCCAAAUCGAAUCUGGCGCAUGCGCAUGGCCAGAGCAAGCACUGGCUGGAGCGGCUGGUGCCCGUGCUGAGCUCCAAUCGCGAGGAGGCGCGCAAUCUAGCCGCCUUUCAUUUCUGCAUGGAGGCGGGCAUCAAGCGCAAGCAGGGCAACACGGACAUCUUCCAUGAGAUUGGGGCCAUCGAGGCGCUCAAAACAGUGGCCAGCUGCCCCAAUGCCAUUGCGUCCAAGUUUGCAGCGCAGGCGCUGCGUCUCAUAGGCGAAACGGUGCCCCACAAGCUGUCGCAGCAGGUGCCGCUGUGGUCCGUCGAGGAUGUGCAGGAGUGGGUGAAACAGAUUGGCUUCCACAGCUUCCUGCACCAGUUCGAGGAAUCGCAGGUGGACGGCGAUCUGCUGCUGAAACUCAAUCAGGAAAACCUGCGCGAUGACAUUGGCAUUCGGAAUGGCAUUCUUCUCAAGCGCUUCGAGCGUGAACUGCAAUCUCUCAAACGCAUGGCGGACUACUCCUCCAAGGACACGGCCAAGAUGCAUCAGUUUCUCGCCGAGAUUGGCACCGACUACUGCACCUACACCUAUGCCAUGCUCAAUGCUGGCAUUGACAAAUACACGCUGCCCCACGUCAACGAGGACAUGCUGACCAUCGACUGUGGCAUCAAGAACGCGAUUCAUCGUCUGCGCAUUCUCAACUCGGUGAAGAAUCUGGAGAAUUCGCUGCCCAGCUCCUCCGAAGAGAACAUGGCCAAGACUCUGGACGUGUUUGUUAGCUACAGGCGCUCCAAUGGCUCCCAGCUGGCCAGUCUGCUCAAGGUUCACUUGCAGCUGCGCGGCUUCUCCGUGUUCAUAGAUGUGGAGCGCUUGGAAGCGGGCAAAUUCGACAAUGGCCUCCUGAACAGUAUUCGUCAGGCAAAGAACUUUGUCUUAGUAUUAACGCCCGAGGCGCUGCAUCGCUGCAUCAACGAUGAGGAGUGCAAAGACUGGGUGCAUCGCGAGAUUGUGGCUGCAUUGAAUUCGAAUUGCAACAUAAUUCCGAUUAUGGAUCAGCAGUUUGUCUGGCCGGAGAACCUGCCCGAGGACAUGUCCGGAGUGGCGCACUUCAAUGGCGUUAGCUGGAUUCACGAUUACCAGGAUGCGUGCAUCGAUAAGCUCGAAAGAUUUUUGCGCGGCGAAAAGAAUGUCGAUCGCAUUGCAGCGAUGGCGCCUGGUACUCCCGGCGUUGUAUCGUACCAAAGAAUGCAUAGCAACGAUUCCGACUAUCAGCAGAAUGGUGGUGGCGGCGCAGGCAGUGGCGGCGGCUGUGGUGCAGCCAGUGUGGUGGAUGGCCUCAUAACGGCCAAUGGCAGCGGACAAGCUAAUCACCAGGCAAAUAGAUACCGGCAAUCCCCUUCUCCAGGCCGCCAGCGUGGCAGCAAUGGCAUCGUCGGCUACAGACGCCUGCCCAAUCCGCGCUCCAACUUUCUGCCGCCCUAUCGCACCCAGCAGCCCUCGCUGCGCGGCUCCGGCUCGGCUUCCAUGCAGAAUAUGACGCCGCUGGCUUAUCUGCCGCCACGACGCAGCUCGGCGGCGGGACUGGGACACAACGCCAGCGUGGCCAAUGGUUAUCGCUCGCACAGCGUCGACGGACUGCUCGAUCAGGCAGCUGCGGAGGCGGCUGCAGCCAGCGAGGAUAGCUUGAGCACGCCGGAGCAGCGCAUUGCUGCCGCUGCGGCAGUUGUGACGGCGGGCAGCACAGCUCUGACCAAUGCCAGCUCCAGCUGCACACUGCAGCCAGAGGAUGGCGAUAUGGAUGAGCUGGAUAUGGAGGCGGCACCAGUGGUGGCGGUGACGCGGCGGGACAAACAGCAACUGGCGAAUGUGCAGCAGCAUCGCAAGUCACGUAGUCUGGAUCACAUACUCUCCAAGCAAGUGCUGGCCGAGCUGAUGCUCCAGCCCAGCGAACCCACCGACGAAACACAGAGCAUGCAAAAUCUGGCGAUACCGCCGACGCCGCAGCCACAGCGACGUGACGCCCUCUACAAUCGCCAGAGUCCCGAGGGUGUCAGCUCUACGGAAAGUGAGCGUGAGGAUGCGCAGUCUGUCAAAUCCAAGUCGCAGUCUGUGUCGCCGUCGCCGUCGCCGUCGUCGUCGCCAUCGCCGCAUGGCAAUCAGCAGCGAGCAGCGGCGCAUGUGCAUCGAGGCAGCAGCUUGUGCAGCAACAAGACAUCGAACUCAUCGCUGGGAUCGAACAAUAGUGCCAACAAUAAGACGAUAUUCAAUCGAACUAUGAAGAAAAUGCGCUCGCUGAUGAAAAAACCAUGAAAGCGCAAUAUGUUGUACUUGUUGUUAUUGUUGUGCCCUCGCCCACUGCCUCUGUCAAAAAUCCGAUUCGAAUUCAACAAACUCUUCUUCAUGACCUCCUCCCACACACCACGAUAUUGACAAGCAGCUAAUACUUAUGUAUAUACAUAAACGAAGGUAUCCAUGCAUACUCCUCCGCAAGGUGAUUGAUGUCCAAGUGUUUCAACAUUCAUUGUUAUUUAUUACAAAACUUAAACAUGCACAACGAAUAAAUAUUCAAAAUCGAAAAAACAGA